CUUUUAGCGCCCACACGCGCGUCAGCCCUGCGGAUGGAGAGGUCACCUGUGAGUGAACAUUUUGUUCCUCUCUGGACCCUUGCGAUACAUCGCGAGCGUGAUGACAUCAUUUCUUUAAGUCGUCAGUGAUUUUAAACGGGUAAACACUAUUCACAACUAAGUGGGAACAAAAAAGCACAUUUUCUGAACUGAUAAAUGAGAUUUACUUACAUCCGCUGACCAGGAGCGCCUUACUGUGUCAGUGACUAUAAGACAGAAGAUCCCCACAGGUCACGUGAACAAUGGCUUGCAAUAACACAACGUACAUGGAACUGAUAAACAACAGCACAGAGCUGCAGAACGACUUUCUCAAGUACAAGUUCAUAGUGAGCACCUGGAACCACAACGUCCCCAUGGCCAUGAUGGUCAACAAGUGCGUCACGCCCGUCUGGAUUAUCAUUGGCGUCUUCGGCAACGUCAUCUCGGCUCUGGUGUGGGCCAACCCACGCAUGCGCACCUGCAACACGGCGGCCUACUACCUGACCUGCUUGGCUGUGGCUGACCUAACCUUCCUUAUCCUUCACUUGAUAUACGAGCUGGAAAACCCUUGGUUGCUAGGGACGCUGGAUGUGUACAUAUGGUGCCAGAUUUUUUCCAUGUCAAACAUGGCGGUUCAGUAUUUGUGUGUAUUCCUAGUCCUCGCCUUCACUGUGGAGAGGUUUCUCUCCGUGUGCCACCCGUUCAAGGCCGAGAAGUUCGGCAAGACGAGAACUCCAAGAACGAUCUUCUUCCUUUUUCUGACAUCACUGCUGCUCAGCUUUCCUCAUGGAUACUUCUGGGACAUUUCUUUGGUGGGAGAGUGCGUGGUGCGCAUGGACGAGUUCCAGCCGGAUUCAUUCUUCUCCAUCUACACCUGGUGCACGGAGCUGGCUAUCUUCGGGGUCAUCCCUUUGAUCGUCCUCCUGCUCAACGUGGCCGUCCUUUACAAGGUCAGAACGGUCGGGCAGUUGAGGAUCGGUAAGCCGAAGCACCUCGCGUACGAGAGCCGGCAGUCUCAGGACAGCAGCAUGUCCGCGUUGGUGGUGGACAAUGACCACCGCUGCGUCAAGCGGUUUAGCGGAAACACCAACGGCGGCUACAACGCCAACUACAAAGGCACCACGGUCACGCUUCUCUGGGUUUCCUUUUAUCUGAUAUUCACUAUGUUGCCCAACACUGUCCUCUACGCCAUGCAGGCCAACAUCCCAUUCGGACCUAUGCCUUGUCUUAUAGAGGAAAUGGCCGGAGAUCCUGACUGGCGUAAUUAUUUCUCCUUCAUUUCCGUCAAGAUCGUGGUCAAGGAGCUCAGCCUCUCGCACCACGUGGGCAACGUGUUCAUCUACCUGGCCACCAGCAGGCGCUUCCUACGUCUGACCCUCAACAGUUUCUUCACCCAGACCAAACGGUGCGGCAGCGAGACCAGGGAAACAUCUUUGCACACCAUCCGUGCGGCACAAAACAGAACUCUGGGAGACGAAGUGUAAGCAGACGAUGUUAUCGUACCAAAAGUAACCCAAAUAUUUCUGGGAUGCAGGUUAAAUCGUGGAUCAUUAACUUCGUGACUCUAGAGUAUUACAAGACUGACUUGCUGUACUGCACGUGCAAUGAUACGCCCUUGGAUCCAUACCUAAUCUUGAAAGACUAUUAGACAGUUUAAAACUAGUCACCAAAAAGUAUACGUUUCACUCUAUACAUCGUCUUUAUUCAGAGUUCCAAGGAAUCAACGGAUCUUAUGAGGUAGAAUAAAAUGAACUUUUUCAUUAGAAUUUAUUCACCGAAGAAUGAUUCACUGCAUUACUGGACUUAAAGGAGGUGUCUGAUACUAGUAAAUUGGAACCUCAUCUGCCUGUUACUCAAGAACUCGAAGGCCCGGCACAGCAUUCCAGUGUCUCUGCAUGUGACUGGUAAGAACUAUUUGACCCCGAAAUGUGCGGCUACAAUCUGGCAUGUUGCUUUUGUUGCCUGUUGGGAUACGUUCUGUUGUGUCAAUUUUUUUUCAUUAGUGAUGAGACCUUUUAGUUCAUUCUAUGUCCUAGACUAAAGGGAUCUUUAUUCCAAGUGUCUGAACAUUUAAUUGUGAGUCUUUCUCUGGCACUUGGAGGAUCAAUGCAGUAAGACUAGAUCCUUUUUCAAGUGUUGCCAUUCUAUUGUCAUACUACUCCUUGUAAGGAGUGUGCUAUUCAUUCCAUGGAGAGCUAGUGGGCCACAAGGUCUAUACAAAAAGUAUGAGGGAAUAAGCAACUUUAAACAAAUGUUACACGGAGACAUGGAGGCGCAGCGGCUGAGUGGUCAAGCGCUUAGCUCCCAAACCGGAGGUCCUGGAGUAGAAUCGGAUUUUUAUUUCGCGAUCUUUUAGCCUCUGAGUCCAACCAGCUCUAAUGGGUACCUGACAUUGAUGAAAAGUUGGUGAAAGGUAAAACCGGUUGGUCAUUGUGCUGGACAAAUGACACCCUAGUUAACCGUGGGCCACAGAAACAGGUGUUCUUUACAUUAUCUGCCCUAUGAACUACAUAGUCUGAAAGGGAAACUUUGAUUCAUAUAGCCUAUGUCUUGUAUUAUUUUCAUAAGAAUGUAAUUGUGGCAGUAACAGGUCACAGAACCUUUACGUUAUUUUCCAUAAAAUAAUUUAUGGAACUAAUAAAUAAAUGCUAUAAAUACAGUAUGUAUGUAUUUAUGCCUUAAAUUGAUAAAAAGUGAAAACAGUGUUGGUUUGUAUUCACAUGUUAAGUUCUUACAUUUACGGUAUAAUUUCAAUACGAAAGGAGCAUUAAACUUUCACUAGAUGACUUAAAGCUUAUCUAAAAGUAACAAAGUUGAAAGUAACUAGCGGUAAUUAAAGGAGAUUUGAUAUCAUGAUCCACAGAAACACAUUGUCAAAAUUAUAGCUCAAUUCUUUUUUUUUUAUUCAGUUGGCAAUGGUUAUGUUCAGUUUAGCGUCCUUGUCAGUCCUUGAUAUUGUUCAGUUUAUGUGAAUAUCUCUAAUAGAAAUCCACUGCCGAUUUGUUUCUAUAGUUAUUCCUUCCUCAGAGACUCCUGGGCCUGAUAAUUCGUGUCAAUCAUCCUACGCCCUUUUCAGUUGACAAGUCAUGACAUUGACCUGCAGAGGCUAAUCAACAAACUUUAUGUUCUUGUUAUCUGCUAAUUAAGAUUUCUUUAGAUCAGCAAGAAUUUAUUUAUUUUUAUAAAGCGCAGAACGAAGGGGCCAAGAUCUAAUUUUGCUGCAAUGUCAAAUCUUCUGCUUUUCGAAUGGCGCCAACAAACUUCAUUAAUCAAACUUGAUGUCAGCAAGAAAAACUUCAGAAGACAAGGAGACAUGUCAUACAGUGAAUCUUGGUGCUGAUGUGUCACUUUGAUUGUGUUUGUGCUUCACAGCGUUCAGACAGAGGGCUGACACGGGAUUGUAGGUCUAGAUCAAACAUCAAAUCUGGGGGUGGCUUAACUGAAUCAUUUCUUGAACCUUGUUGGCAAGUGAUGUGUUGAUUGAAUGCUGACUCUGGUCACAUUUAUUAGUUUUGUGAUUUACGGGACGACGAACAAACAUUAAAUACAUUUAUUUAAAAAAAAAAGCGGGAAAAAACUUUCUUUUAGUAGAACAAUGUUUUUUUUCUUCGCUAACUCAAUUUUUCAAGAUUCUGAUUCUCAUACCAACUAAAGGAGCAAUAUCUUCACAUCAUUUUCAAUGCUAACUUGCUGGAGCAUCAGUACUUGAAUCUGAAGUUUCAAUAUUUCUUCUUGUUGUUUUUUAUGCUAUUUUCAAGCGUAUUGUACUUAAAAUCAUUUUUUUUUUGCUGCUUACUUAACACGGGUGACCUCUGUUAUUGAAAGAAUAUUAAUUCAAAUUAUUUUUUUAGCCGGCUGAAUGCAAAUCUCGGAGCACAAAUUUUACAUACCUAAACUUGAUACUACCCUGCCCGUUGCCAUCCCCCGUCGUCCUGCGGAAGGUUUGGACUCGGAAGGGAAGUAGAUUAUCUUCAACUCUGAAGGAACAUCCAAAACAUGUCAAACAUUCUACAUUUGUAUAAUACAGCGAGAGAAGUAAUGUCGUAGUCCUCCUCUAUCAGAAUAACGCAAUUAAUAAGGCAAGCUAAUUAACAAAUAGAGAACACGAUGUUAGCUCGCUAUAAGUGUAUGGCAGAUGUGAUAAGAUUUAAUUAUUCCUGAGUAUAUGGUUUUGUUUAUAAGUUCCUUGACAACGACUUCAUUCCUUUUACUUUAUGUAUACUUCAUUCAGGAAUCAUUUCAACAUACCAACAUACAUCAACCAUGGGACUGUGAAGCCAUCACAACUUAAUCCAAGAUUUUACGAAAUCUUAUGACACAAUUUUAAAAGAAACAAAAAAAAGUUACACUUCUUCGUCAACUUAUAGCCUGGUAUUUAGACGAAAAUCUUUUUUUCUAUUCAUAAUAAUCAUUUCUUUAGAAACCAAAGUUUAGUUUAGAUAAUUUUAUUUGUCUUAUAAUUACACUUAUUGAGAAAAGAAACAUACAUACAAUAUCUACUGCAUUAUUCCACCUAAAGAUUAGGUUUUCAUUAAGAAGCAUUAGAUCUACAACUCUAAACUUAUUAUCAUUUGUCUCUUUACAAGCCUCAAAAUAUUGUCUUGCUGCUAUGUAACUAGAAUAGGGUAGACAACUUGUAUUGAACGAGUUAAUUUCCAUACAGACUGAAUUGAUUCUCUCAAAGUAAAAAACUUUACAUUAUUAUCUUCUAAGGUUGUUCAAUACUCUCGUACGUAUUAUAAACAACAAGCAAGCACAAACUAUAGAUACAAACAUAAAAACUUAUAUAAGAAAUAUGUUCUUAUUUUGAACAUUAUGUAUUCAUACGAUGUAUGUGUAAUAUAUAGUAUGUAUAAAUACAUUUCAAUGUAA